AAUAAAUGGCAUAUAAUAUAUAAUAGAAGAGAUAGGAAGUACAGACUUAGGGAUGAUAUUCAAGCUGCUCCUGAUGAAUUUGUUUUUUAUUCAGUACUUAAUACUGAUAUUAUUAUGGCACAAGGAGUAGCUGCAAGUAUGAUAACACGUAGUAUACUGGCACUUUAUAAUAAAUUAGUAGCAGAUCGGACAAAAAAUCCAUACAUUAAGCAAUGGCAAAAAUCUGGAGAAAAUAUAAUUGUUUUACGAGGAUACAAUCAUAAACAUUUAAAAUAUCUGGAGAGAGAAGCGGAAUUUACGGCUCUCGGUAAACAUGCUAUUUAUCACCGAUGGCGUCACAGUCGUAUAAUUUGUGCAUUAUCGGUAUUCGGCCGAAAGGGAGAAAUUGAAGAUAUCUUCGAUGGGCUCUUUCAUUUAUAAUAGUGAGAAGACGACGGGUGCCUCGGUCGCGCAGAGGGUUUCACGAGUAUUCUCCCCAGACGAAGGGCGCGUUACGCAUACUCGGCGAGCGGGCAAUGAAGGAAGUAAAGGACACGUUUAAGCGCAAAAGGUUGCGUGUAAAGGCAGGCGCCACGCCCGCCCCUCCAUCCACGGCGCGGCCGCAGAGGGGGCGUCGGAGGAGAAUGGCUGGCGCAGCCGCCCGCCGCGUUUUAUGCAACCAGUCUUGCUUCGGAGCGAGCGAAUCCACUGCUCCGGCUUUUGACAGACGGGGUAACGUGUGCAGUGCCAUCGGUAUUGUCUGUCGUUGUCUGUCGGCCGUGUCUCUCAGCCGUAUCGUGCGUCCAUACGAUUGGUAACGUGCUCGCGGCACCUCGGCGAGGAUACACCGGCCCAACGAUCCGGUUUCUCGCCGUACUUUUGAGACAGGUCGCGACGGGGCCUACACCUCCACGAGAGCCUGACAUAAUAUCAUACGCCGUCUGUUUUUCCGCGCACGCUGAUUUUCGCCGGCGAGCGAGCGAACGAGCGGAUUCAGCGUGCCUUGAACGACGAGGCGACGAGGCGGUGUCGCCUCGCACAGAGCUGCGCCGCACGUACGAUUCACGAUCGCACCCUAUAGUGGUACGGUGUGGGCUCGUGGUCCGCCAACGGAGUGUCAGUGCGACGACGGUCGGUUGGUGUGCUGACACACGGGUGCAUUAUCCACGACUGUGUGUGCGUGCAUAUAUGUGCGUGACGUGUGCGUAAAGGCGAGAGACCGACGACGGCGAGCGCACGAGAUAAAGAGAGAGGGACGGGCCGACCAGCGAUGCGGCCGUGAAUCCUCGAUACGUGGCUGCGCUCACGCCGCGCGUAUUUCGCGCGACACAAUACGAAUACAACGAUAACGAUAACGACGACGACGACGACGACAACGACGACGACGACAUCAUCGGCCGGGAGGCUCCGACAGAGAGAGGCGCGUUCUCGCACGCGUUGCGAAUUAUCACGCAUUUGCGUAACUGCAACGCGUCUUCUGACAGGUUCCUAGCUCGGUCGACUUCUUCGACCUCUUCCUCGUCGUCACUAUGGCGGACGACGAGGUUCUCUUCGACGAUGUUUACGAGCUCUGCGAGAUUAUCGGCAAGGGACCAUUCAGCGUCGUUCGGAAGUGCAUUCAUCGUCAUACCGGGCAGAUUUUCGCUGUAAAAAUCGUCGAUGUGGCAAAGUUCACUUCUAGCCCUGGGCUCAGCACUGCAGAUUUGAAACGAGAAGCUACAAUAUGCCAUAUGCUGAAACAUCCACAUAUUGUAGAACUGCUGGAAACCUAUAGUUCCGAGGGCAUGUUAUACAUGGUAUUUGAAUAUAUGGAUGGCUCUGAUUUAUGCUUCGAGGUAGUGAGACGAGCAACUGCUGGAUUCGUAUACAGCGAGGCGGUUGCUAGUCACUACAUGCGACAGAUCCUUGAAGCGUUGCGUUACUGCCAUGAGAACGACAUUAUUCAUCGUGACCUGAAGCCGCAGUGCGCCCUUCUAGCUGGCAAGGAAAAUUCUGCCCCGGUGAAGCUGCGCGGCUUCGGUGUCGCUGUGCAACUCCCGACCUCGCAGUCCAAUGGUGUUGCAUGUUACACGACCGAGUAUCGGCAGUGUCUGAGCCCAAAGGGGCAGCUCUACUUGAAGGCCGACAGCGAGGGUCGUGUCGGAUGUCCGCAUUUCAUGGCACCGGAAGUUAUUCAACGGCGACAAUAUGGGAAACCCGGGGAUGUCUGGUCGGCCGGAGUAUUGCUCCACGUUCUAUUAACUGGUACACUUCCGUUUGUCGGAUCUCGAGACAGGCUGCGAGAAGCAAUCUGCCGCGGGCGGGUACAGAUGGAGACACCACUCUGGGAUCCCAUCAGCGAGCCGGCGAAAGAUCUCAUACAGAGAAUGCUCACGACCGACGUAAAUCAUAGAAUCACCAUCCAGGAAGUUCUCAACCAUAAGUGGCUUAGAGAUCGUGAUAAGGGCGCAGCUCGUAUACAUUUAGCUGAUACUAUAGAAGAGCUUAAGAAAUUUAAUGCAAGGCGAAAAUUGAGCAAUGCUGUAAAAGCGGCUAUCUCCUCGUCGAAAUGGCAUGCCCCAUAUUCAGAUGCUAAUGGUGACAAUUUCUCCGAUGUCGGCGAUGAUGAGACAACUACAGGAGCUGUAGCCGAAAUUGUGGAUUCCUUGGAUGACAUUGAAAUCCUCGAAGAAAGCGAUAGAUUGGUGCGGACAGAAGUUCUCAAUGCAGUUGAUGAUCACCGUCUUCGAGCAAUUUUAGAGCUUUAUGACAGAAUCUCAGGACGUGUACCAACACCAUAUCGAGCACCGCAAACGGAUGCAGUUCAACGCGCUCGCGAUGUCGAAGAGAUCCUUCGGGAAGCAGAGCAUUCGGCGGUUCGAAAUAUCGAUAGAGCCGAUCUUCGAGAACUUCACGAAUUAUUGGUUCAGCCACAUAUGCGGGCACUCUUACAAGCGCACGAUGUUGCCGGCCACGAGGUCUACGGCGAGGAAGCCACCAGAGUAACACCACCACCGCUUCUCACGUAUUUGAAUGGUGGCGAUGACCUCGAAGGACAAAACGGCGAUUUAGACGAGAAAAUCACUCGCGUCAGACUAGUGCAGUUUCAGAAGAACACGGAUGAGCCGAUGGGAAUUACAUUAAAAAUGAACGAAGACGGACAAUGUUUUGUUGCGCGAAUUAUGCAUGGUGGGAUGAUCCAUAGACAAGCCACUCUUCACGUUGGUGACGAGAUCAGAGAGAUCAAUGGUAUACCAGUUCAGAAUCAAUCCGUUAAUGCCUUGCAAAAGAUUCUGCGGGAGGCACGAGGAUCUGUAACUUUCAAGAUCGUGCCGUCGUACAGGAGUGCGCCGCCCCCCUGCGAGGUACAAUUGUUCAGGAUUAAGCCUCUGCCAGUGUUAAUUUUCGUUCGAGCACAAUUCGAUUACGAUCCAUUGGAGGACGAACUGAUACCUUGCGCGCAGGCUGGAAUCGCCUUUAAGACCGGUGACAUUCUGCAAAUUAUCAGCAAGGAUGAUCAUCAUUGGUGGCAAGCGCGAAAGGAUAAUGCGGCUGGUUCCGCGGGUCUUAUCCCUUCGCCUGAACUUCAAGAAUGGCGCAUUGCCUGCAUGUCUAUGGAGAAGAACAAACAAGAACAAGAUGCUGAAGGAGAAGGUGGAUGUUCUUCUCACACCGAAGGCUGCGACGGUUCGACAGUAAAUUGCUCAAUAUUCGGCCGGAAAAAGAAGCAAUACAAGGAUAAAUAUCUUGCAAAGCACAACGCCGUUUUCGACCAGCUGGAUCUGGUGACCUACGAAGAGGUCGUGAAGCUUCCUUAUCCUGCCUUCCAACGGAAAACUUUAGUAUUAUUGGGAGCACAUGGCGUCGGUCGACGACAUAUAAAGAAUACGAUUAUUUCCAAACAUCCCGAUAAAUACGCCUAUCCUAUUCCGCAUACAACGAGGCCUCCACGAAGCGACGAAGAGAAUGGUCGUAAUUAUUAUUUCGUAUCUCACGAUGAAAUGAUGGCAGAUAUAGCUGCUAAUGAAUAUCUCGAAUACGGUACACACGAAGACGCUAUGUAUGGAACUAAGCUUGAAACUAUUCGUAAAAUACACGAAGAAGGCAGAAUGGCCAUAUUAGAUGUUGAACCGCAGGCACUGAAGGUUUUACGGACUGCUGAAUUUGCACCUUACGUCGUCUUCAUAGCUGCACCUGCAUUUGCAAACGUUACGGACUUCGACGGCAGUCUGGAACGAUUGGCGAAGGAGUCGGACAUGCUGAAGCAGGCAUACGGACACUUCUUCGACCUGACCAUCGUGAACAACGAUCUCGACGAAACGAUCGCCCAGCUAGAAGCCGCGAUCGAGCGCGUGCACACGACACCUCAAUGGGUGCCCGUUUCUUGGGUCUACUGA